AUGAGCCAGAUGGUGCGCAUGGGCGCCGAGCUUGCUAAAGACACUUGGCAGCUGCGGACUGAGUCCUCCGGCGGAGACCCUGGGCGCAGCGUUCGAGUACCUCCUGCCAUGGCGGCAGAAGGAGUAUUCGAGGUAGAGGAUCUCCUAGACUACAGGCAAUCAGACGGGAAAGAUCUGUUCUUGGUGAGAUGGAAAGGCUAUUCAGAGCCCUCCUGGGAACCAGAUGAGAACAUUGGCUCUGAACUUGCUGAAUUGAAGCGGGCGGCCCGAGAGAGAGUCGCACAGCCGGAAGGUCGCAAAAGAAAGAAAAAGGAAGGGAAGGAUGGAGAUGAGAAGAAGAAGGAAAAGAAGAAGGAGAAGAAGAAGCGCAAACGUGGGUCCAGCGAUGAGAAAAAAAGAAGAGACACUUCCGAUUCAAAUGAUGAGCAUGGCAUGCCCGGGAUGCCACCGAUGAUGCCACCAGGCAUGAUGCCACCCGGAGGAAUGAUGCCGCCUGGAAUGCCCUUCCCACCUGGUAUGCCAAUGGAUGGGAAAGGCAAAGGGAUGCCACCCUUGCCUUUGGGAAUGGGGAAAGGAAUGCCGCCACAUGGAAUGCCUUUCGGAAAGGGAAUGCCUCCACCAAUGCCAUUCCAUGGCCCUCCUGGCCCUUGUGGCCCACAUGGUCAUCCUCCACCUUGGUUUGAUCCUGGGAAGGGUUUCCCAGGAAAAGGGGGGCCAAUGAAAGGAUUUGGAAAAGGCAUGUUUCCAAGGCCAAAGGACGCGGCAGAAAUGCAGCGAUUUGCUUCUGAUCGAAAGCAUCGAUUUCAGCAGUUCGUUGGAAGCUUGCAUGACUUCGUGGCCAAAGACAUGGAGAAAUUAUCGAGUGAGAAGCCGGAAAAGCUAGCCAAGGCCAAGGAACUCUUUGAGGCCCUCCAAUUGAGGCUGGACAAGAAUACUUUGCCCAUUUUUGCGCCCAUCGAACUCCUGCUGGCCGAUGCACUUUGCGUCAUGUGGCUGCUGGAAGGUUCUAGUUCUUCGUCCGAGGACCACAAAGAGUUGUUGGAGCUUUGCAAGCUGGCUCGUAGCCGCAGCGGCCAGGCUCGACAGCUGUUGGCUGACUGCAUGCAAGAGAUUUGGCCCAGAAAGACGGCCAGACCGACUCGCACCUCUGCGGCAGUCUUCUCCAGUCUUAAAGUGCCAAAAGCUGCGGCGGAGAAGAAUGGAGCAGCACCUGCUUUGGCUUUGCCAGGAUUGCCCAGUGCAGGUCCAGAGCACUGGAGGGAGCUCAUUGUCCAGCUCUACAAGGAUCAUAAUCCUGCCAAAGUCGGAGAUAUUGACGGCUUGAUGAUGAAGUACAAAGGCCGUGAAAGGACGCUCUAUCUUUGCAUUUGUGAGAAAUACCGAGUCUCGCCACACUUGGACAGUUCCAAGGGCCAUGGAACCUCCACAACAGCUGAAGAAAAGAAGGUGAGAAAGUACCGGGACUUAAUCACAGAGAUCUACAAGGAGCACAACCCAUCAAAGCUCACCGAUUUGGACACCCUUCUUCAGAAGUACAAGGGCAGGGAAGAGCUUGUGUACAAGGGGAUUUGUGAGAAGUAUCAUGUCGAGCCCAAAGCUUCAAAGAAGGAAGAAGCAAAAACAAGCUUUGAGAAAUACAAGCAGCUCAUUGCAGAAAUUUAUGAAGAGCACAACAAAGAGAAGCUAGGAGAGCUCGACGAACUGCUUGGAAAGUACAAAGGCAAAGAGAAGACAUUGUACCUGGCUGUGUGUCACAAGUACAACAUUGAACCAAAACUUCCAGCAGCCAAGAAAAAGGACAAGAAGGAUGGAGAUGAAACUAAGACAGAGCGAAAAGAAACCAACGAGGAGAAGAAGGAAGAGCCCAGCUCCAACAACACUCAAAUUAAAGCUGUCACAGAAGAAGUUGCGACAGAGCUGGUGGGAUUGAGGCAGCGCUUGCCGAAAUUGCUGAGAGCUCUUUUUGAGAUCGUUGUUCUUCAUUCUGCAGGUCUUGACCAGAAGGAGGGUAAAAGGCUCAAUGCUUGGGAAGAGCGCUGCCCGCGGAAGCUUCCUUCCACUUUGAACCACCGCUUUGAAUUGCAGGGCUUGAGCUCUUCACAGAUCAAGAAAUUGAGCCAGCGGCUGAUUGGCCCGGAGGGAAACCGCUGGAAGAAGCUUGUCAGCCUUUGCGAUGGUGCAGACAUCAAGGGACCAAGCUCGUCAGAGGAUGAUUCUUUGUCUGUUGCCACAGAUGGACCCGAUGCACGCAGACUCUUCGACAAAGCGGUGGUCCAUCUGACCGAUGCGCUUGGUCGUGGCGUGCGUGAAUGCAUGGAUGAAAUGGAUUCCGAUGAUGAAGGUGCCAGAGAUCGGUGGUACUUGCCUUGGAGCUGCGAGGAGAAUGACUACAUGCUACAGUCUGACGAGGGCGAAAAACUGGCAAGGAAGGAAGUAGGAGUAGAAUAUCGAAGAGGCUGCUGGACCCCUCGCAGAUACAUUCCAAUGCACUCCCAUUCAGCACAUCACAGUCUUUGUGGCCCAGACGUGCAGCAAAGAUUGCCAGACUUUUGGCGUGAGCUUGCUGACAAGCUAUGGCUGAGCAUUCUAAGUCUGAAUUGGGGUACAGAUUUGCCCUUGGAGACAGUGGUGGUUGUCAAGACCACUGGCGGUCACGAGGCUGCAGUGCCCUGCCCUUCAAUGCCACAAGGGUGUGGGGUAACUCCUCCCGGUGCAAGUGUGAUUGUCACAGCUCCCAGUGCAGAGGAGUUGGACUUGGCCAACAGGAAGUUAAGUCCUUUGUUGCAGAAGGUCUUGGGUGGCAUGCGUGCAAAUGCCGCUUUUGCCAUGCAUGUGCUUUCAAUGCCCCAGUUGCAGCCCAAGAGGACACGAUUACCAUGGUACCCGGGCAUGGUCCUUGCUGCCAGGGAAGGGGUUGACCAUCGCGAUGUGGCAUCCUCAGACUCUGACGCACCAGAUGAAGAGGUCGAUCCUGAUGCGAACAUUUUAUCGGAUGCAGAGGCUACAGAUGUCUAUAGGCCACUCAGGCUGACCCGAAUGAAGGUACGAGAAGCCUUCCUUCAAGGGCUGCUUUGCCUGAACUGCGAUUCGGCUGAGCACAGACAUCAAGAUUGCCCUUUCAGGAAGAAGGUGUGUUGGAAUUGCCAUGGCAACCAUGCCGGCAAUGACUGUCCACUCCGAUGCCGAUUUUGUAGAGAGAGGCAUGAACAUCCAAUCUUAGAGUGUGUGAAGAAGGUUUGCAGACGAGUCAGUGAUUGGAAGAAGUCCAAGUCCUUCCAGGAACAGAGGAGUGUGCUGGCCUCCCUUGAGCAGCUUAUGAUUAAGUUAGAGGGCUUCGCUGAUAUCGACUUGGCCAAGCACAACAAGGAGGUUCAGGACUUGGUGAAGCAAUUGAAUGAGCACACCACGCUUUUCCCCGUUGAGCUGCAAGACGUUGCUUUGUCAAUCCUUGACAUGAAACCGCCAACGAAGCAGCCCACCGAGCUUCCUGUGCCACCUCCUCCAUCAACCCCAGCUCCGAAACCAUAUGUGGCACCCAAACUUCCAAAAGAUGCACCUCCUCCGAUGCCAGAAAACAAAUACCCUUGGCAGGAGAAGAUCUUUUUGGACAGCAUUCUCUCGAAAGGCUUGUAUGGUUCGAAUGUGCUGAGCCGGGUGAUUGGCCGAGGUGGAAUGCACCAUCGUCGUAUGGAAAGUGAAAGUGGUGCACGGGUGUUCUUCCGGGGGCUUGGUGUUAGCGGGAGGGAUAUGGAUCUCACAGAUCCCACCGAUUGCCGCCUUCACAUUUCCGUGAAAGGUGAAGUGCCACAACAGGGCAAGUCAGUGAAGCGAAUCAUCAAAGAGAUCGUGGCUGAGCUGGAUACGGAACUUGCCGAAAAAGGAGAGGCAGGCCCUGCCUUGGACAAUCCACGAUUGCCUGACGCACAUCCUUUUGGUUUCAUGCUUCCGAAGGGUGCCGGGCCAGAAACUGGUGAUCCUUUGAAGUUCCGCUUUCCAGAAGAGGACGGUCAGACGUUGAAUGACAUGCUGCUUUGGCUGAAGCAAGCGAAGCUACCCAUCGAACUGGAUAGUGACACUCAAUGGCGGACCACCUUGCAGGUAACUCCAGCAGAGCCUCCACCUCCUGAUGACGCUCCAGAACAGGCAGAAAUUGUUGCUCACAGCUUUAUGAAGAUGAUGCGUGAGUGGAGCUAUCCAAGUCCCUAUUGGUUUGAAGAGCACGACCUCAGACCGACGGGCCUUUGGGCGACUUUGACUGCUUCUGAUGGAGGAGCGAUCACCCUUCAGCAGGGUCAAGGAGUUCGCCUGAGCAAUGUCGCAGUGGAGCACUUUGCGGCCCUUUUGAUCAAGACACAGCUUUCGAUGGUGCCAAAAGGAGCUAUCAUGGAGGUGCUUGCCCGGCUGAGAGGUGUUGUGCGAAGACAGGUUGAGGAUGAACAGCUCCUCUUGUACUUGUUGUAUCCUUGGGCCUGGUUCUCGGAAUCAGGUCGCAGCCUGAAGCUGCCGUACGGCAGGGAGAAGGUUCAUGAGCUGCUGGCAGAUCUGGGUCGCCUAGGAGGAAAGCCAACCGAGUCGCAAGUAGCACCUCCUUUCCGUGGUUUCUAUGUCGAGUGGUUGCCUCUCAAGGCUGGAACCAGAGAAGGUGUGCCAGCUUUCCCAGCUUAUGAGCCGGAAGCUGAUGUUGAGCCACCCUCCGUGGCACCGCCUCUCGAAGCGAAGCUUCCCGUCUCCACGGCUCCGCGUGGCUUUUGCAAAUACUGGCUACCUGAGGCAGCCUUCAACUCCCGACAAGACUUGCGGGAACUCAUUACUGGUCCUGGUGGUUCACAUUUUGCGCAUUUGCUGCGAAAGUAUCCAUCGGUUGAUCUUCGCAUUGAAGGCCAAUGCUCUCUGAAUGUGCCGCCGGCACACCGUAUGCACGUCUCUAUGAGCAGUGAAGACUCUGAGGUCUUCGAAGGUGCAUCAGCUGAUGUCCUUGACUUGGUGCAAACCGUGUGCGACAUGAUCGGUGAAGAGCUGCAGAUGGAAGAGGACCAGCUGGACGCGCUGAUUUCUCAGAUCCGCACGGAGAAGUACUUCGAAGCUCAUGGCAUCCGCACUCCUUUGCCAGCUGCCCGCCAGGCGCCAGCAGAGGCUGCCGAGUUCGAGUUUGUGGAUGAUGAGAUGGAGAUGGAAGAUGACAAUGAUGAUGCUGACACCGAGGACGAAGAUGCAAGAACAGAAGCAUCUGACUGCAUGUCAGACGUCACGGAGGCGGAUGGCGAAGAUUCCGGGCUCCGGCAUUUGCUCAGUCUCCUCCGAAGCUGCGACAUCCACGUUCAGACUUUGAACCUUGAUGCCAAUCGCCUUACUGAAGCGUCCUUGGUUGCUAUCUCGGACCUGAUCGCGGAGUCACGCUUCGGAGUUUCAGCUGUCCACAUGGAGAACAAUCGUGUACAGGGCUCCUAUGGACUAAUGCUUUUGACCAGAGCCAUCAAGAGCAAUGCGAAGUACCCCAUGUUUGUAAAGGAGAUGCAGCGCUACACGCCCUUCAUGCUCUACUUGGCUGGUAACAUGAUCGAACGGCCCAUGCAAGUAACACAGCUGGUGAAAGAAGCCCUGGACAACAAGUUUCCGUCACUCUCCGAGGCGCAGAAGUUGAGCUUUGCUGCAGUUGCUUGA